AUGGAGAAAGGUCCGCGCAGGAUUGUGCAUUCCGUGCCGGAAGAGAUUUUGAAGGACGAAGAACUGGGGAGGGCGAUAGGAGAGCUACUUCCCUCCAACUACAACUUUGAGAUCCACAAGACAGUGUGGAGGAUACGGCAGGCGAAGGUUGGUACUGUCGCGCUGCAGCUCCCGGAGGGACUGCAGAUGUUCGCGUGCCCUCUUGCCGACAUCUUCCAGCGCUUCUGUGCCGUCGACGUCAUUAUCCUUGGCGACGUGACCUAUGGCGCAUGCUGCAUCGACGACCUGACGGCAAGAGCGCUGGGAGCUGAGCUGCUGGUGCAUUACGGGCACAGCUGCCUCGUCCCCAUCGACACCUGCGUGAUGCCUGUCCUCUACGUGUUCGUCGAGAUCGAGAUCGAUUCCGAUCACCUCCUCCGCUCCAUCCUCCACAACUUCGAAUCCUCGCAGCGCCUUCUCCUCGUCUCCACCAUUCAGUUCGUCGGGAGCCUCCACAAGAUCCGGCCGCAGCUUCAGGAGCAUUAUCAGAGCAUCGAGGUCCCGCAGGCGCGUCCUCUCUCCAAGGGGGAGGUGCUGGGCUGUACGGCUCCUCAAGUGAAGGCGGAGGAGGUGGACGCGAUGAUCUACGUGGGCGACGGAAGAUUUCACCUCGAGGCGAUGAUGAUCGCGAACCCUUCCAUCCCUGCCUUCCGCUACGACCCCUACAGCAAAGUCAUGUCGGCGGAGGCAUAUUCGCACGAGCAGAUGCGCUACAACCGAAAGAAGGCGAUCGAGGAGGCAGCGAUGGCGAGCAGUAUCGGGAUCAUUCUUGGAACGCUAGGGAGGCAGGGGAAUCCAAACAUCCUCACACACAUCAAGGCAUCGCUGGAGGCUGCUGGCAAGCACUACCUGGUCAUCCUCCUCUCCGAGAUAACCCCAGCAAAACUUGCCAUGUUUCAAGAUGUCGGGGCGUGGGUACAGGUGGCUUGUCCGAGGCUGUCGAUCGACUGGGGGCAUCUGUUUCAUGUGCCUCUCCUCUCCUCCUACGAACUUCAAGUUGCUCUCAAGACUGCCGAGUGGCAGGAGGUCUAUCCGAUGGACUUCUAUGCGCAAACAGCUGGCUCAUGGGGUAACUACCCGAACAACCAGCGAGCCAAGGAGAGGAGGCAGGCAGAGGAGGCGAGGAGCUCAGGCACUGACCUCAAGAGAGCGGACCAGCUCAAGAGCUGAGCUGGGCUCUAGCCGGGCAAGUGCCCUGUGCCAGCAGUCGAUAGAAGCGAAGACGUUGCUGGAGCAGCGAGUGCCUGGAGGAGUUUGAUGGAGUUCAGCUCGGGGGGUAGCCGGGGGAAACUCUUACCUGCUGUCAUCCUGGUUGACCUGACCACAUCCCCUCUCAGAUCCCGACGCCUCUCCUCCUGAUUCGCCUCGCAACCUCCGCGCGAUCUCAUCGACCUCCUCCUCCUUUUCCUCCCCAUCUCGCUGCUCAGCUCUUCCGCCAGUGCUGACGUGACGUUUCCGGAGCUGGUCAAGCAUGUACUGAUCAAACUGUCAGCAAAUAUCUUCCGCCCUCCUCACCUCCCCCUCUUCUCUUCCUCUACCUCUGAAAUCGCUUCUCCUUGACAGCACUGCCAAACCUUCAGCUUGCUGUAUAAAGCCCAUGUGAAGAAC